CUGGGUAAAGGGCCCGGCGCCUGGCAGAGGCGGCCCAGCUCCUGCGGCGGGCAGUGGAGGUGGUUCGGUCUGGCGCGAGGGGGCGUCGCGCGCGGCGACAGGUGCCCGCGCUGCGGCCGUGACCGAUCGGCGCUCCGGUUGGCCGAGCGGAAGGAAGGGGCCGGGCCGCGUCCCCGCCCCCCGCGGCCGGAUGGAUGUGCCGGGCCCGGUGUCCCGGUGGGCGGCGGCGGCCGCGGCCACCAUGCUCCUGCGCAGUGCGCGCGUCCCUCGGGAGUGCUGGUUCCUGCCCACAGCGCUGCUCUGCGCCUACGGCUUCUUCGCCAACCUGCGGCCGUCGGAGCCCUUUCUAACGCCCUACCUGCUGGGCUGGGACAAGAAUCUGACCGAGAGGGAGGUCUUCAAUGAAAUUUAUCCAGUAUGGACUUACUCUUACCUGGUGCUGCUGUUUCCUGUGUUCCUUGCCACAGACUACCUCCGUUACAAGCCCGUUGUUCUGCUGCAAGGACUCAGCCUUAUUGUUACGUGGUUUAUGCUGCUCUAUGCCCAGGGACUGCUGGCCAUUCAGUUCUUGGAAUUCUUCUAUGGCAUCGCCACAGCCACUGAAAUUGCCUAUUACUCUUACAUCUACAGUGUGGUCGACCUAAGCAUGUACCAGAAAGUCACAAGUUACUGUCGAAGUGCCACCUUGGUGGGCUUCACAGUGGGCUCCGUCCUAGGGCAAAUCCUUUUCUCGGUGGCAGAUUGGUCACUGUUCAGUCUGAAUGUCAUCUCUCUCACCUGUGUUUCUGUGGCUUUUGCUGUGGCCUGGUUUCUGCCAAUGCCACAGAAGAGCCUCUUCUUUCACCAUGUUCCUGCCUCCUGCCAGGGAGUGAAUGGCAUCAAGGUACAAAAUGGUGGCACUGUUACUGACACCCCAGCUUCUAACAUGCCUGCAUGGGAGGACAUUGAGUCCAAAAUCCCUCUAAAUUUAGAUGAGCCUCCCGUAGAAGAACCAGAGCCCAAGCCAGACCGUCUCCGAGUGUUGAAGGUACUGUGGAAUGACUUCUUGAUCUGCUACUCCUCCCGCCCUCUGCUCUGCUGGUCCGUGUGGUGGGCCCUCUCUACCUGUGGCUAUUUUCAAGUGGUGAACUACACACAGGGACUGUGGGAGAAGGUGAUGCCAUCUCGCCAUGCUGCUAUCUACAACGGUGGCGUGGAGGCUGUUUCAACCUUACUGGGUGCUAUUGCUGUGUUUGCAGUUGGUUAUAUAAAAAUAUCCUGGUCAACUUGGGGAGAGAUGACAUUAUUUCUGUGUUCUCUCCUGAUUGCUGCCGCAGUAUAUAUCAUGGACACCGUGGGUAACAUCUGGGCAUGUUAUGCAUCCUAUGUUGUCUUCAGAAUCAUCUACAUGGUACUCAUCACCAUAGCAACUUUCCAGAUUGCUGCAAACCUUAGCAUGGAACGCUAUGCCCUUGUGUUUGGUGUGAACACCUUCAUUGCCCUGGCACUGCAGACUCUGCUCACUCUAAUUGUGGUAGAUGCCAGUGGCCUUGGCUUAGAAAUUACCACUCAGUUCCUGAUCUACGCCAGUUAUUUUGCACUCAUCUCAGUGGUUUUCCUGGCUAGUGGCGUAGUCAGUAUUAUGAAGAAAUGUUGGAGGCAGAAGGAUCCAGAAUCCAGUUCUCAAGUGACCCCUUCCUUAUAUGCUGCUGAAGUGCUGCUGCUUAUGAGCAAGAACUCCGCACAGCAACUGCCUGGAUAUAUUUAAAUUUUUUAAAGGUUUAGACAACUGUUUAUAAAUGUGCAUUUCCUGGCUUCAAAGCAGCCACUCAGCUAAUACCUUGUACUCCUGGAGUUAACAUAACCCUGAGAGAAGCUGGAAGUGAAGCUUUUUUUGUGGAUUAUUUAUGAGAGCUAAUUUAAGGAUGACUUUUUCUAGUUCAAGAAUGAACUUGAUUUUGGAAAAAAGUAAUCAAGAGUAGUCAAGUGGCACAUCCUGUCAUAUACUUGAUUAGCAUGUGAAUUUGAUGUUUUAUAGGUCACAUAUGUCACUUUAGCCAGACUCUUGGCCUGGUGGGACCAGGGCUUCACAGAGGCCACAGGAUGUUGCAAGUUAUAAUGGAAGGUCCGUUCUACCAGCACUUGCCUCUGUCCAGCUUCAUUCUAAUUACUGUGUUAUUCAUGUGCAUUUGUGUUUCUACAGAUGAAAAUUGUUCUCUCACUGGCAAUAUUUGCUCUGGUUUAAUGUUCUGUCCUGUUAGGAGUAUGAUUUCUAAUUUUGUUUUAAAUUCGUUGUAUGAAUGUUCUUGGUUCCCAUCUUGACCAUUAAUAUAUUUUUGAAAACUUUCUUUAGAAGUACAUUUAUGCACUAUUCAUAUGCUUCCCAGAGAAGCUCAUUUAAUCAGAAAAGAAGGCAAGUUUUAAAGCCUGCUAAUAAUCUGAGUGAAGAGACCUAAUGAGAAAACUUAAGGUAGAUUUGCUUGUCUUUAAUCUUCAGUAUGAAGGACUCUUAGUUCCAAGUGAAAAGUCAUAGGCAGAUUAGAGACACGGCCGGGCUGCUUUAUAUUUGUAUGCCCUUUAUUUCCAAAAUAAAAUAAAAACUUCCUUUCCUUUAAAAUAACUUCAUUCCCAUUUAUACCUUCUAUAUUAUUUUGGCUUUCUUAUCCAAGAUGAAGGUGUCAUCAGGAACUAGAUUAUUCCAAGGCUUUUUCAUAAAUGGAGCCUCUUUUUAAUUAUUUCACUGGGGCAGGAACUAGGAGAUUUGAUUCCUGCAUUUUGUACCUUGAAUCUGCCUUUGUUCCCAAGGGUAGAUCAUCUUGAUAUCUACUUAAAAUUUGCUCCAUUUCCACAUUACUUGAAGGAAUGAUAUUCUGUAUGUUGAACUCUGAAGUCUGUCUAUAAGGGGCUGCUAAUAUUUGUGAGACAUGAAAACUUUCAAAGCCAACUUUGUUGCAUAAUUGUGCAAAGAAUCUAGGUAGGUGCUUUUAACUACAAGUGUUAACAUUUUACAACUGACAUUGCUAACAAUGUGAAUGGUAUCAAGAUCGCAAAAUUGGGGCUGGGGAUAAUGUUGGGUGGUAGAGAGCUUGACUAGUAUGUGGAAGACCCUAGGUUCGAGCACUAGCACUGCAAAAACAAAAGUGAAAAACUGACAUAUCAUGUACUUUAAGCAAUAGUCCUGGAGGAAAUGAGUUAGGGUAAGAAUGGGUCAUUUCUGUGCACCUUUCCUUAACUUAGGGGAAGGAACAGAAUACUAGGAGGGAAGUGAAGUCAUAGUAGCAAUCUCCACUUCUAUAUUUUUGUCUUUUUUUUCCUUUGUUUUCUCUUUGCUGUAUAGGUAAUUGGUUACUGAGAAGAAACAAGAAUACAAAUUGCAUUUGAGGAAUUUUACUUAAUCUUUGAUUUUUUGUUUUUUGGGGUUUGUUUGUUUUUUAAGAAAAUGUAUUAUGGUACAAUCCAAUUGUUUGUGUUGCCAAAGCAAUAUUUUCCUGGAAUUUAAUACACAAUUUGUGGCACCCAGUUUGAUCCUUUUUACCUGCUUAAAUUAAGAAUAUGUUCACAUUUCGCUAUGUGGUCAUAUUUGUAUAAUGCUGAACCCCAUGUGCUGGUUGUACUGUACUGUUUUGCAGAGAAGUGAAAACAAUUUGUUGUACUUUUUAUUCAAUUCUGUAUAGAUUAUAAAACA